AUGGAGCCGGGCUCGCUGGUGGCAUCUGGGGCAUUAAGGGCCCGGGGGGGCUGUCUGAGACCCCUGUGCAGGAAUUUUGCCCGCGGAUCUUGUCGAUGGGGCCAGAGCUGCCGCUUCUCGCACGACAGAAAGUCAGCCCACAUCUGCAGGUACUUCCAGAGCGGGUUUUGCAGCUACGGAGAGCAGUGCGGCUAUGAGCACAUUCGAGAGGUGCCAGUGCCAGUGGGGACCCAUUAUGGACACGUGCCCCGCGGCCACUGGGGCUUGGAGCCCAGCCGUGUGCCUGCAGCAGUGGCCCGGGGCUGGGGGGGAGCCCGGCGCAGCUCGGCCCACCCUGUCCCCAGUGUGAUGCACGUGGCCUUCAAGUUCGCAAGCAUGGAGGUUGAGGAGGAAGAGAAAGACAAGGAGAACAUCCCAGCACCUGAUAACAUCCCCUGUGGGGCCAUCAGCGGAGCAUUUGUCCCUGCACGAGCUCGGGGUGCCUCAGGCUCCCAACCGCAAGAGCUGGGAUUGGAUCCAAGUUCUCCUGACCCCAGAGAGGCAGUGGUGGAGACAGCGACAUGGACUGACCCUGCAGAGGUCCCCACGGAGCCGGCUGCUGCGGCAGCCCCGGUCCCCACCGCGGCGCUGAGGGCCCGGAGCGAGGCCGUGGUGUGCGGCAUCUGCAUGGACCGGGUGUACGAGAAACCGCUGCCGGAGGAGCGGCUCUUCGGGAUCCUUCCCAACUGCAGCCACGCAUACUGCGUGGGCUGCAUCCGCAAGUGGCGUCGCAGCCGGGACUUCCAGAGCACGGUCAUCAAAGCCUGCCCGGAGUGCCGGGUUACCUCCAGUUACUACAUUCCCCACAAAUACUGGGUCUCGGAUGCGGGUGAGAAGGAGAAGCUCAUCGAAACCUUCAAGGCACGGACAGGGAAAAUCAGGUGCAAGUUCUUUGUCCGGAACCGUGGCCGCUGCCCGUUCAAGUCAGACUGCAUCUACCUGCACGAGCUGCCCGCCGGCCGGCUGCCGCGGCGCCAACAGCAGCGGCCCAGGAUGCCCGUCGAAUUCAGCCCUUCUCCCUCGGAGAGCUCUGACGAGGAGGACGAGGAGCUCUGCAUGCUCGAAUGGGCUCUCACCCUGGCGGAGGUGGACUUUCGGUACUCGAGUUAUGGCCAUCAAAUGCUCUUCACCAACUUCAGCGACUCCAACUAAGCCAUGGGGUGCCCCACUGGGCCUGGAUGCUGUUGGUGGCAAGGAAAUGUCUUCUGGGAGGGGGAAACAUCUGCUUUUGAUGUGUUUAGCUGCUCCCGGCAUUGGUUUGGGGUUGGCUCUGGGCAUGG